AUGGCUGGCGGAACAAAAAAGCCGGUGAACAUCUUUCGCCUCAAGAACUUGGAUGAACCCAAACAAGUCUUCAAUUGGAGGCUAUGGCUUGCGGUCAUUUCAUUCGGUCUAAUGGGGGCUGCACGAGGUGUUGAUGAGGGUUUAAUCUCAGGCGCCUUCAACUCCAAGGAUUUCCAGAAUUAUAUCAACUACCAAUCAUAUAGCAAAGUUGAACAGACCAACAUCAAAGGAAACGUUACCGCUAUGGUCCAAAUAGGAUCUGUUGGUGGAGCUCUUUUUGCUUUCUUGGUGUGUGAUCGGAUUGGUCGUAUCUGGGCAACUCGCCAGCUUUGUGUCCUAUGGAUUUUAGGAAUUGCUAUUUUUAUGGGUAACGGCGGUAGCCUAGGUGCUGUCUAUGCCGGUCGUUUUAUUGCUGGACUUGGUGUUGGUCAGACAGUCGUUGUAGCCCCUGUGUAUCUCGCAGAAAUUGCACCAACCUCGAUUCGUGGCUUGUGUACCUGUGUCUUUACUGGCUUUGUCUAUCUAGGCAUUGUGCUUGCUUAUUUUGCAAACUAUGGUUGCCAGGUCAAUCUCGGCGAUACUACUCACAAUCGAUGGCUUGUUCCUACGAGUCUCCAUAUCAUGUUUGCAGGCAUCAUCUUUCUCUUGUCCUUUCUUCAGUCUGAAUCCCCACGAUAUCUGGUUAAAUCCGGCCAAAUUGAGAAGGCUAUCGCAACCCUUGCUAGAGUUCGUGGUUUACCUUCUGAUCAUGAAUACAUUGUACGCGAGGUUGGCAUGAUUGAGGCAACGCAUCAUGCUGAAAUGGAGGCUACUAUGGGAUCUGGCCCCAUAGGAGUUCUCAAGGAAGCUUUCUUGAUUCCAUCGAACCUAUAUCGAGUCUACCUUACCUUUAUGGCUCAAGUUUUAUCUCAGUGGUCUGGGGCUGGCAGCAUUACUGUAUACGCUCCGGACCUUUUCAGGUUGCUCGGAAUAACAGGCAACAACGAGGGAUUAUUAGUCAGUGCUGUUUUUGGAAUCAUUAAACUGAUUGCUGCAGUUGUCUGUGCUCUUUUCUUGGUCGAUGUCAUAGGACGCAAGCGAGCCCUUCUGCUGGGCAUCACCCUUCAAGCAAUCUCUAUGAUUUAUAUUGCCGCGUUCUUGACUUCUGUCCCCCAAAUGGGCGUGGUCAGUGGUUUCAAGCUACCAAUCAGUCAGAAGGGUGCUAGCACAGGAGCCAUCGUGAUGAUCUACCUUUCUGGCGUUGGAUGGGCUCUGGGCUGGAAUUCCAUGCAGUAUCUUCUGACUGCAGAGUUGUUCCCUCUCCGCAUCCGUGCUCUUUGUACUUCGAUGGCCAUGACUCUGCAUUUUGCCAACCAAUAUGGCAACUCACGUGCAGUACCCAACAUGCUCCUCCCCGUGAGCCAAGGUGGAAUUGAUCCUAAGGGUACAUUUUGGUGCUUUGCCGCUAUUACCAUUAUUGGUGGAAUUUGGGUCUGGUUCAGUAUUCCAGAGACAGCUGGUCGCUCGCUGGAGAGUAUGGAUCGGCUCUUUGCCCUCCCAUGGCACAAGAUCGGAAGAUAUGGAAAUAAGGAUGCGGAAGAGAAGGAUCAAUCUCUGGAUCACAAAAUGGAGAUGGUGGAGCAGUCUUAUGGCACGGUUGAGCAUAUCGAAGGAAACGUCCUUUCGAGUAAGGUUUGA